AAAUGAAAAUUAUUCAUUUGCCUUCUCUUCUUCUAAAUGCUUAAUUGCUGUUUGUUCUCUAUCUACCAGUCAUUUCCCUCUUUAAUUUAUUAAAUUGGGUACUUGCAAGGGCCAUGCAUUGAGGUUUUCUGUUAAGUUUUCUUAGGAACCAAACAGAAAAUUGUAAACUUUAUUUCUUUCCCCUAAAUUUUGAGAGUUUCUUUUGUUAAAUCUGGUUCCUGCAAUGGCCAUGCAUUGAGAUUUUCUAUUAAGUUUUUUCCAGGAACCAGAAAGUUAUAAACUUUAUUUAUUUUCCCUAAAUUAUUUUAGGGUUUUUUUUCCGAUCAGAUAAUGACUUAUAAUAAUAACAAUGAUGAUGAUGAUGGGGUGCCACAUCUGAGGACGACAACGGAGACUGGUAAUCAUGAUGAGGACAAUAUCAAAGGGGAUUAUGUGAAAUUGGGAGAUUGUGAGGUGGAGGAAGAAAGAUUAGUUGGGGUUAUAGAAGGGUCUAGUUUUUGUUUAUGGAAAUGGAGAGGUUCUGUUGUAUGGUAUUGGUUUAAGUUGGCUUUGUUGUUUACUUGUUUGGGAUUGUUAGCUGCUGUUUUCCUCAAAUGGGUUGGUCCAUUUUUCAUGGACAAGGAGCUUAUUCCUAUCAUAAACUGGGAAACAACUACUUUUAGCACUCCAGUGCUGGCAAUUUUGGUCUUUGCUUCCGUGGCGUUAUUCCCUUCCAUACUUUUACCAUCCACACCUUCUAUGUGGGUAGCCGGGUUGACAUUUGGUUAUGGCUUUGGAUUUCUGUUAAUUAUAUCUGCAUCAGCUGUGGGCGUGUCACUUCCCUAUUUUAUCGGCUCACUGUUCCUUCAUAAAAUUCAAGGGUGGUUAGAAAAAUAUCCAAAGAAAGCUGCCAUUUUGAGAGCAGCUGGAGAAGGAAACUGGUUUCAUCAGUUUCGAGCUGUUAUGUUUAUCAGAAUAUCUCCAUUUCCAUAUAUUUUAUACAAUUACUGUGCUGUUGCCACAAAUGUCAAGUAUGGUCCUUACAUAUUAGGAUCAUUGAUUGGUAUGGUGCCAGAGAUUUUUGUUGCAAUCUACACUGGGAUGCUCAUAGGAACCUUGGCAGAUGCUUCGAAUGAUCGGCACUCCCUUUCAGCUCCACAAAUUGUCUUCAAUGUCAUUGGUUUCUGUGCAACAGUGGCAGCCACAAUUAUCUUUACAGCAUAUGCAAAAAGGAAGCUGAAGGUAUUGCAAGAUGAACCACAACUGGCAUAGCUUAUGAAUAUAGUUUUGGCCAGGAAACACAAUGUGCUAUCCUGGACUUGUCACAGCCGGCAUAUUUAUGCGUGAUAGGAAUGGAUGAGGUUUAAUUUUAUUGAAGAGCAUCAUCCGUAGAAAAUAUUAUUGCAUGAUCAUGUCAAUGGUGCGACCCAAUGUGGAAGAGAACAAACAUCUAACCUAGUAUAAGACUAUAGAGGCCACCCUUUUCUUUUUUUUAAUCUUCUGCCUUCUCUCUUUUUUCGCUUCUUUAGGUCUCCAUUUCUUUCCAAUUAUUAUUUGUAUAUGAUUGAAAUCUCUGCCUUAAAAAGGUUAAUGUGGACUUUGCUUGUAAAUGAAAAUAUAGUGUUGUCGACUUGCGUGGUUAAUGAAAAUAUAUUCUUUUA